AUGGCGACCAUCAAGGCCAUAGAGGCCAGCUCUGUCCACCAAAUACAGUCUGGCCAAGUUAUCGUCGACCUGUGUUCAGUCGCAAAAGAGCUGGUCGAAAACGGCCUUGACGCUGGCGCAACGAGUAUCGAUGUCCGGUUUAAGAACCAGGGUCUCGACUUGAUUGAGGUCCAGGACAAUGGCACAGGCAUUUCGCCUGAGAACCACGAGUCUCUGGCCCUGAAGCACUACACUUCGAAACUGUCGACCUACUCUGACCUGAGCACACUGGAGACCUUCGGGUUUCGUGGCGAGGCUCUCUCCUCUCUUUGUGCCUUGUCAAAAUUCACCGUUGUCACUUGUCUUCAAGCUGAUGCGCCGAAGGGGUCUAAACUCGAGUUCGAAACUUCGGGCAAGCUCAGGUCAACCAGCGUGGUUGCCGCCCAAAAGGGCACAACAGUCUCCGUUGAGAACCUGUUCAAGAAUCUGCCGGUACGGCGCAGGGAGCUGGAACGGAACAUCAAGCGAGAAUGGGGCAAGGUCAUCAGUCUUCUCAACCAGUAUGCCUGUAUCCAAACUGGGGUCAAGUUCACAGUUUCCCAACAGCCCAACAAGGGCAAGCGGAUCGUUCUCUUCUCUACAAAGGGAAACAAGACCACCAGAGAGAAUAUUGUCAACGUUUUUGGGGCAAAGACCAUGGCCGGCUUGGUUGUCCUGGACCUGAAGCUAGACUUGGAGCCCACGAAUGGCCUGACCCAAAAAUGGAGUGCACAAAAGGACGGCGACACUCAAGAGGUCCUGAUUCGAGGCCAUGUCUCACGGCCAGUUCACGGUGAAGGGAGGCAGACUCCGGACCGGCAGAUGUUUUACGUCAAUAGUCGGCCUUGCGGGUUGCCGCAGUUCGCCAAAGUUUUCAACGAGGUGUACAGGUCGUACAACUCGUCACAGUCGCCCUUCAUAUUCGCCGACAUACAGCUGGACACACAUCUCUACGACGUAAACGUCAGCCCUGACAAGAGGACUAUUCUCCUGCACGACCAGGGGCGGAUGUUGGACAAUCUCAGGGAAUCACUGGUUGAGCUCUUCGAGAAACAGGAGUACACAGUGCCCGUGUCACAGAUUGCAACGUCUAAGCUACCACCUUUCAAGAAAUUGACCGUGUCUCGCGAGGAUACAAAUGGCUCUGAAGGUGACUCGACAGACAAAUCUUCUGCUACCGUCGAUCAAGUCGUACAUAAUCCUGCUCGGGACGGGGAGGAGGUGUCAGACGACGAAGAGGACACCUCAGGGGCCCGCCGGAUCAAGAAUCUGGCUUCUGCCAAGGCUCUUUCGAGAGACGCACAGUUGAACCCGAUGACGCGCUGGUUGGACCGGAAGUUGGCUUCGCGGGAAGACGCCAGUUCAGAACCAGACGGAACCGUCAAGGCCAACCCGAGUGAAACGGUUACCGAACAGACAAAUGCUGCGAUUCCAGGAAAAGGCGCAAUAGAUUUGCCAGAGGCUUCAAGUACGCCUGAUGAACAGGUGCAACAGGAGUCGAUAGAUGGACAAAAUCCCCCAGCCGACACUGAUGAAGGCGAGGAUGCUUUUCUAAGCCGACUAGCCCGGAUGAAGCGCUCCUUACUUCCGGAAUCUCUUCGAGACGAACUACCCUACGAUCAGGCACCUAUUGAGCCACCUAUUCCAGCCAUUGCGAAGCCAUCCAAACCAAUAGAUACUGCACCGCUGAGUGUCUCCACCUCAAGACCGCCAAAGCGGCCAUCCCAGGAGGUUGCGACCAUCACAAUCGGCGACCAAUCGGUGACCAGCAUCAUCGGCACACCUGCAAAGAGGCCAAGGUUGGAUGACGAAGUAGUACAGCAGCAUAAGGCUGUGGCAGCCCCUCAAGCGGCAGCCCCUCUGCCUUCUUUCGGCGGCCGCCUAACACAGAUGUUUUCGGCCGCUUCUGCUUCACAGAACACAACGAGAGGCGGUAAAAGCUUACACACCGAGGAAUCAAACGACAACGAGGAGGGAGACGAGUCAGACGGGUCCGACGAGUCAGCCGAGGCAGAUGGGGACGAGGAGGACGAGGAUGAAAGACGAAGCGAAGACAACAGCGUGUCCGAUGCAGAAGCUGCGCUUGACCAAGAAACUGGCGUUUAUAGCGACAGCGAGGCAUCGGCGUCCUCUGCGUUAUUCGUGGAACAAGACGAGGACGACGAUGCUGAAGCGCCAGAACAGGACGAGGACGACAACGGCGCUUCAAGUAUCGAUGAGAAUGAGGUUAAGGCCAGGGAAGAAUUGGAACUGCAGAAAGCCCUCACUGCCGCGGAAGAGGUCGGCCAUGAGCCUAGCGAAGAGAACCAGAAGCGGACCCGAGCAUUUCUUAAAGGAAGUGGAAAGAACAAACAUUCCACACAGGCUCUCCUGCAACGGCUUCAUGUCGAUGAGGACUGGCUUCAGAAGCGUCUAGAGUUGUGGGAAUCCCAGACGCGUGACUACGCUUCAGCACGGCAAGUCAACGCCUCUGAGGACAUGGACCCUGGUCUUGAAGCCGGGACACAGGUGGCAGAGGACAAACUCUCCCUUACCAUCCACAAGGGCGACUUCUCCAAGAUGAAGAUCGUGGGGCAGUUCAACUUGGGUUUUAUCCUCGCAGUGCGACCCGGCACCUCAGCGGCACCCAGCACGGCUACAGCGGCCGCCCGCGCAGACAAUACCAGGGACGACGACGAGCUUUUCAUCAUCGACCAGCACGCGUCGGACGAGAAAUUCAACUUCGAGCGCCUGCAGGCCACGACGACCGUCCAGUCGCAGCGGCUCGUGCGGCCCAAGCCCCUCGAGCUCACGGCCGUCGAGGAGGAGAUCGUCAUCGAGAACCGCCCGGCCCUGGAGGCGAAUGGCUUCCAGGUCGAUGCCGACACGUCAGGCGACGAGCCUGUCGGGUCGCGGUGCCGGCUCCUCAGCCUGCCGCUCAGCAGGGAGACGACCUUCUCGCUGGCCGACCUCGAGGAGCUGAUCUCAAUGCUUGGGGACAGCCCCACGACCACGUCGUCGCCUGCGCGUGACGGUGAUGGCGGCCGACACGACGGCGGCGCCGCUGCGGCGAGGAGGCACAUCCCCCGGCCGUCCAAGGUGAGGAAGAUGUUCGCCAUGCGCGCCUGCCGGAGCAGCGUCAUGAUCGGCAAGGCUCUGUCGCACCGGCAGAUGGAGAAGGUCGUCCGCCACAUGGGGGACAUGGAGAAGCCCUGGAACUGCCCGCACGGGCGGCCUACGAUGCGGCACCUGUGUGCCCUGGGAGCUGCAUGGGAUGAGAAAGGAUGGGCCGAGGGCGACCACAGCGACGGCGCCGGGGCUCGGACGACGGAUUGGGGUCAGUAUGUGCGCAGAAUGAGGCAGUGA